CUAUACAGUCUCAAGGCUAUCUGGUUAUAAUGAACUAUUUAUUAUUUAGUGACUGGUGUAAAACUGAGCCUUUAUAAAUGGGAGUGGUACAGUACGGUUCCCCUCAUGCGUAAUGACGCGCACGGUCCUCCCGGAAACGUGUUACGCGCCUGGCACACGCGGGGCGGCGCCGUUCCGUUGUUCGCCAUACUUUCACUGUCACAGGAGCGACUCACGCACUUUCUGCCACAGCGCCUGAAAUCACAGCCGCACCAACACACAGAAAUGGCUGAGGAUGAUGUGACCCCGGAGCAGUUGGCCGCCAUCGCCGCGGAGAAUGACGAGCCCGAGUCUGUGAACUACAAACCUCCAGCACAGAAGACGCUGCAGGAGAUCCACGAGCUCGACAAGGAGGACGAGAGCCUGCGCAAGUACAAAGAGACGCUGCUUGGGCCCGGGGUCACUACUGUUGAUCCAAAUGUUCCAAAUGUUGUGGUGACGCGCAUGUCUCUAGUCUGUGAAGGAGCUCCCAACCCACUGGUGCUCGACCUCACAGGAGACCUGGAGGCCUUCAAGAAGCAGCACUUUGUCCUGAAGGAGGGCGUGGAAUACCAGAUCAAGAUCAGCUUUAAGGUAAACAAGGAGAUUGUGUCAGGUCUCAAGUAUGUGCAGCAAACCUUCAGGAAAGCAAUCAAAAUUGACAAGUCGGACUACAUGGUGGGCAGCUACGGACCCCGCGAAAAUGAAUAUGACUUUCUAACAAAGAUAGAUGAGACUCCCAAAGGCGUUCUGGCUCGAGGAAACUACAACAUCAAAUCCAAAUUCACCGAUGAUGACAAACAUGACCACCUCUGCUGGGAGUGGAACCUGGUCAUCAAGAAGGACUGGACUGACUGAAAACACAUGGAUUACCCACAAGCCCCUGCAGUGUCGGCCAUUUUGCCUUCUUUAUUUCUUUCUUGUUGUGCAUUAUUAUACACAGUCAUCUGGCCUUAUAGUUUUGUGCCUCGCUGUCUCAACUCUCGGCAUGGCCCCCUUCUGUCGGUAGCAGCAGCAGUAGCAGUUUUCUACUUUAUCCGUCCAUUCAUGCAUUUGCAGGCGCAUUACAAUGACACAAAAUAAGUAUUUAUUUCAACAGUUAAUUUAAAAGGUAAAUUAUAAAGAUUCAUCAGAGUGAAACAAAAGAUCUGUUUAUAUAAAUAAUUACAAGUCACUACAUUUCAUUUAUUGUAUUUUAAAAUUUUUUGAUUUUCUUACAAUUUAAAUACAUUUUUAUUUUCACUUGAAUAAUCUUACCCUGAUUUUUAGAAAUCUGCUAUUAAGUUAAAUCAACUACCAAAACAAUUGUACAAUUUCUUUAUUUAUCAGAACGUUACUCACUUCCAUAAUAUUCUCUAUUGUGACGUGCCUGUAAAUUCUUUCACACAGUCCUGCCUUUUCUGUUACCCCUUCACUACUGAGCUGUGCCAUCAUGUAGCACCUUAUGUCAUUGUCUCCCAUUCACAAUUUUAUAUUUUUAUUUUAUUGCGGCUUGAAGAGAUUAACCCUGCCUUCCAGUGUCUCGCAGAAUGGCGUCGUCUUCCUCUCUCCGUAUGAAGUACAGUGGAACAAGCAAGUGUACAAUCAACUUUUGUUUGCCUUUUUAUAUAAUACGUGUAUCAGUGGUUGUAUAUUGUGACUGUAUCCACAUUGGCUAUUAUUGUGCACACCCCACCACAGCCACUUCUCCCUAUAAUGUUAGUAGGUUGUGUUCAAUUGAUUCUUAAAAUCCUGUAGUUUUAAAUUGAGAUGGAGGAUUGGUAAGGAUUUUAUUGCAAAAAUGUGUGCUUAAUAACACAAACCAGGCCCAGACAUUUACCAUUGAUUUCUUUAUUACUGGGCCCAUCCAAAUGAAACACUGUCCCAAAACUAAAGGUCUUUACUCUCAAUACCAAAACAAAGGUGCACUAUGUAACUUGUUCUGUCAACUGCUUGCCUUCAGUUAUUAUUACGUUGGUUGGAAUAUUCCACAGUGCGCCAAUGAACGCAUAUACAGUAUCAUGCAUUUGUUCAAUAAUAAUGGCUUUACUGGAAAAUAAAUAUCCUGCAAAAACAUUCAUUCUUAGUGUGGCUGGGGAUCUGACCUGUAACUUGGUGAUGUAACCAGCUUAGAUCAGUUUAAUGCCAUGAAGUGGAACAUUAAAAGCAAAGCAAUGACAAGCAGUUAGCGGACCCUCCCCCAGAAAAGCUUAUAUAGUGCAUCUUUAGAUUAUAAUGGUGCUAUGAUUCAAACAUAUAGUCUUGAUUGUUCUAACUAGACUUUCUGAACAAAAACAAUUCAAACAAAAAGAUAUAUUCAAGUUCAACAUUGUGUGGAAUAAUAAUUACAAAAACUUUCAUUAUACUUAUACACUUCUUGCCCUCCAUUGGAAUUUUGAACUUUAUCAAAUUCUAUGAAAUGAAUAGCCUACAACCUACAGAAAAAAGAUAGCAUUCCUUUGUUACUAAUUCCAUGCUUCCUUGCCUAUUUGCUGGCUGACUUUUGAUAUAGUCUACCAAAACCUGCCUUGUAUACAAGUAAGUCAUUCAGAGCUGCUUAAUUGCGCCCCCUGCUGUCCCAAAAUGUAUUCACCCAUUUCAGUUCUAAUAGGAAAUGGGGCCAAAGUUAUUUAGGGACUAUAACAUGUAAGUAUAGCGGCCUUAAAUGUACCAUGUAUUUAAAUAUAGAUGGGUGCUCUGCAGAAAUACCUUGCCUUGUCAUGCACGGGUAGUCAAGUCGGGUGCUGAGGACUGCUGUUCAAAAUAGCAACACUUUGAAGAGCCACUUACGUGUAUCUAUAAGUGACACUACUCGACCUAUUUAGGAUACAUACUUCUGAAUGUAGUUAGCUAGCCAAAAGCCAAAAUUACCCCUCUUAAAACUUAUUCAACCAGGUCACUCUAUGCUGAAAUAAUUGCCAAACCCGAUUUAGGGAAGAAUGUAGUAUUAAUGAAUCAUCACAUGUUUAUAGAUACCUGCAAUCAAUAAGUCAAUAAUGCGUAUUCUGUUUCUGAAAGGACAGAAUAUAUUAAGUUGAUUUUAAAAUUUAAUCAAACAAUAAAAUAGUCAAACCGAACCUAGCCUACUGCUAAUGGUUGAGUAAAAGAAACACUGUGUUAAAAAUAUGUACAAUAUAUUAUAUUUUUGGGGGGACAGGAGCAUGAAUUGAUAGGACAACAGGCUUUUGCACUCCCCUUUAAAAAUUAAAUAUAGUUUGUCUUAUCUGUUGGAACUUGGAUAGCUUGAGUGAAAAACAAAGUAACAAAAUGUAAAAAUGUGUGUUUAAAAUUUCAAAUCCAGUUGUUUGAAUCUGAAUUGAAUAUACAAAAAAUAGAUACUAUCCACUAAAUUGGAGGUAUUAUUUUCCUUUAAGCUGCCCCCUCAGCACCUGUCUCCAGCAGCUCUGGUUGUGUGUAUGAAAAAUGCCAUCAAACUGUCUGUAAAUAAAGGGCUUAACUUUUGCUCCCAACCAAUAAAACCCCAUGUAGCCCUGUUGUAGAUGAGAUAGACUUAACUGAAUGAUCUGAUAGAGCUAAGUGUACACUAGUGCCGCAAUCUGAAUGUGCUCAAUUAGAAAAACGGAUUAGGCAAAACCAGUGUUAAUAUUUUAUUUGUGAGGCCUUAUUAUUUUGGGCAAUAAUCUUUUAAAAUUAUUGUUUGUUCCCCUUUGCCUUAAAGCACAUAAUUUUCCCAAAACAGGUGCAGUUCAGUGAGUUAAAAUGUUGUGAAAAAAGUUACAUAAGUUUAGUUGUUCAAAUUAAAAGGCAAUUAUCAAAAAUGUGAAAUAUUUUAAGCAUUAUACAACCUAUAUACUGUAUGGAUUCUAAAAUAUAUUCUCGUCUUUAGGGUUAUCUCAGACUACCCUUUGUACUGCUAAUUUGUUAGACUUUUAAACCAGAUGCCCUCCCAACGCAGCCCAAAAUUGUGGCUGGAGAUAUUGGUGCUUCCCUAAAAGUGUAUUUUAUGCUUUUAGUGUCUUGAUAAUUGACCUGCAAGGACCUCUAAUGUGAAGCAAAAUUUCAUAUUUUUGCAUUAUUUCUGUCCAGUCAAUAUAAUGAAAAUGCUCUAAAUAUUUCAGUCUUUGUACCAAGUUUAUACAAGACUUGUAUUUUACUUUGAACUACCAAAUCUAUGGACUUCACGACAUUCUUACUUCGAGGUGCAUCUGGAUAGCCCUUUUACAUUGCUGAUUAAAAUGAAGGUGGUGUCUUGUAAUUGUGAGUUUAAGCACAGAGAGAAAGCACAGGAAGAGACUGAGUUUGACACUAUUUGCUGCUUAAGAUCUUUAUAGUGACUGAAAACUGACCAAGAACAUGAAGGAGAGGAGGAUUUUAAAACACUAAAAAUUGACAAAGUUAAAUCAUGUACUGUACCCGAACACUUGGAUGUAAACUCUUUUGCUGAUGUUGUGUUACUGGCUCCAUACAUUCCUCAUGUUGUACAGUUUGUAUGAAACGCUGGCAUGUCGGUGGGGUUGUGUAUUCGGACAUCGAUUGUGAUUGCUCUUAUCGGUCAAUAAAGAUUUUACUCAA